AACUGGAUUUUCUUGAAAGCAAUGAAGAGUUUGCAGAAGAGCUGCAACCAGAGGGGAACGAAGACGGUGAGAAGCUUGCAAAUCGACGUGCAGCAGCUGUUCAGGAAUGGCUUGCAGAGCAGGAUUCAUUGCUAAUCGAUGAAGAUGAAGAAUUUGAAGAAGAGCUGCAACCAGAGGGGAACGAUGACGAUGAGGAGCUUGCAAAUGAACAUGUAGCGGCUGUUCGGGAGGAGCUUUCAGAAAAGAAUUCAUUGAUAACCGAAGAAGACGAAGAAUUUGAAGAAGAGCUGCAACCAGAGGGGAACGAUGACGAUGAGGAGCUUUCAAAUGAACAUGUAGCGGCUAUUCGGGAGGAGCUUUCAGAAAAGAAUUCAUUGAUAACCGAAGAAGACGAAGAAUUUGAAGAAGAGCUGCAACCAGAGGGGAACGAUGACGAUGAGGAGCUUGCAAAUCGACGUGCAGAAGCUGUUCAGGAAUGGCUUGCAGAACAGGAUUCAUUGCUAAUCGAUGAAGACGAAGAAUUUGAAGAAGAGCUGCAACCAGAGGGGAACGAUGACGAUGAGGAGCUUGCAAAUGAACAUGCAGCGGCUAUUCGGGAGGGGCUUUCAGAAAAGAAUUCAUUGAUAACCGAAGAAAACGAAGAAUUUGAAGAAGAGCUGCAACCAGAGGGGAACGAUGACGAUGAGGACCUUGCAAAUCGACGUGCAGAAGCUGUUCAGGAAUGGCUUGCAGAACAGGAUUCAUUGCUAAUC